CACACCACAUCUUCUUGAUCCAUUCAUCUAUCAGUGGAUAUUUUGGUCAUUUCUAUAUCUUGGAUACUAUCAAUAAUGCUACAGUGAACUGGCAGCGCUUGGCCUGAACUGAGAUUUGCUUCUCUCUGAUGGGGCAAGUGUAUUGCUCACUUACGCAAGUGUACAUGGUUCAUAGAGGCAUGGAAGUUCCCACAGCUCUUAAGAAGUUUAAUUCAGGCAGUUCUGCUGCCUCCGAAUUUGCCUUAUUGUCCAGAACCCAGUUUCCAAGAAAAGACUUACAGCAAGAUGAAUAAUCCAGCUAUCAAGAGACUAGGAAAUCACAUUAUCAAAUCUCCUGAAGACAAGCGAGAAUACCGUGGCCUGGAGCUGGCCAAUGGUAUCAAAGUACUCCUUAUCAGCGAUCCGACCACGGAUAAGUCCUCGGCAGCACUUGAUGUGCACAUAGGUUCAUUGUCAGAUCCUCCAAAUAUUGCUGGCUUAAGUCAUUUUUGUGAACAUAUGCUUUUUUUGGGAACAAAGAAAUACCCUAAAGAAAAUGAAUACAGCCAGUUUCUCAGUGAGCAUGCAGGGAGUUCCAAUGCCUUUACUAGUGGAGAACAUACCAAUUACUAUUUUGAUGUUUCCCAUGAACACCUAGAAGGUGCCCUAGACAGGUUUGCACAAUUUUUCCUGUGCCCCUUGUUUGAUGAGAGUUGCAAAGACAGAGAGGUGAAUGCAGUUGAUUCAGAACAUGAGAAGAAUGUGAUGAACGAUGCUUGGAGACUCUUUCAGUUGGAAAAAGCUACGGGAAACCCCAAACACCCCUUCAGCAAAUUUGGGACAGGUAACAAAUAUACUUUAGAGACUAGACCGAACCAAGAAGGCAUUGAUGUAAGGCAAGAGCUACUGAAAUUCCAUUCUACUUACUAUUCAUCAAACUUAAUGGCGAUUUGUGUGUUAGGCCGAGAAUCUUUAGACGAGUUGACUAAUCUGGUAGUAAAGUUAUUUUCUGAAGUAGAGAACAAAAACGUGCCAUUGCCAGAAUUUCCUGAGCACCCUUUCCAAGAAGAACAUCUUAAACAACUUUACAAAAUAGUACCCAUUAAGGAUAUUAGGAAUCUUUAUGUGACAUUUCCCAUACCUGACCUUCAGAAAUACUACAAGUCAAAUCCUGGCCAUUAUCUUGGUCAUCUCAUUGGGCAUGAAGGUCCUGGAAGUCUGUUGUCAGAACUUAAAUCAAAGGGCUGGGUAAAUACUCUUGUUGGUGGGCAGAAGGAAGGAGCCCGAGGUUUUAUGUUUUUUAUCAUUAAUGUGGACUUGACUGAGGAAGGAUUAUUACAUGUUGAAGAUAUAAUUCUGCACAUGUUUCAGUACAUUCAGAAGUUACGUGCCGAAGGACCUCAAGAAUGGGUUUUCCAGGAGUGCAAGGACUUGAAUGCUGUUGCAUUCCGGUUUAAAGAUAAAGAGAGGCCACGGGGCUAUACCUCUAAGAUUGCAGGAAUAUUGCAUUAUUAUCCCCUAGAAGAAGUGCUUACAGCUGAAUAUUUACUGGAAGAAUUUAGACCUGACUUAAUAGAGAUGGUUCUUGAUAAACUCAGACCAGAAAACGUCCGGGUUGCAAUAGUUUCCAAGUCUUUUGAGGGAAAAACUGAUCGCACAGAAGAGUGGUAUGGAACCCACUACAAGCAAGAAGCUGUACCAGACGAAGUCAUUAAGAAAUGGCAAAAUGCUGACCUGAAUGGGAAAUUUAAACUUCCAACGAAGAAUGAAUUUAUUCCUACGAAUUUCGAGAUUUUAUCAUUAGAAAAAGAAGCGACACCAUACCCUUCUCUUAUUAAGGAUACAGCCAUGAGCAAACUCUGGUUCAAGCAAGAUGAUAAGUUUUUCUUGCCAAAGGCUUGUCUCAACUUUGAAUUUUUCAGCCCAUUUGCUUAUGUGGACCCCUUGCACUGUAACAUGGCCUAUUUGUACCUUGAGCUCCUCAAAGACUCCCUCAACGAGUAUGCAUAUGCAGCAGAGCUAGCAGGCUUGAGCUAUGACCUCCAAAAUACCAUCUAUGGGAUGUAUCUCUCGGUGAAAGGUUACAAUGACAAACAGCCAAUUUUGCUAAAGAAGAUUAUUGAGAAAAUGGCUACCUUUGAGAUUGAUGAAAAAAGAUUUGAAAUUAUCAAAGAGGCAUACAUGCGCUCCCUCAACAAUUUCCGAGCCGAGCAGCCUCACCAGCACGCCAUGUACUACCUCCGCUUGCUGAUGACUGAAGUGGCCUGGACGAAGGAUGAGUUAAAAGAAGCCCUGGAUGAUGUCACCCUUCCUCGCCUUAAGGCCUUCAUACCUCAGCUCCUGUCACGGCUGCACAUUGAAGCCCUUCUCCAUGGAAACAUAACAAAGCAGGCUGCGCUAGGAAUUAUGCAGAUGGUUGAAGACACCCUUAUUGAACAUGCUCAUACGAAACCUCUCCUUCCAAGUCAGCUGGUUCGGUAUAGAGAAGUUCAGCUCCCUGACAGAGGAUGGUUUGUGUAUCAGCAGAGGAAUGAAGUGCACAAUAACUGUGGCAUCGAGAUAUACUACCAGACAGACAUGCAGAGCACCUCAGAGAACAUGUUUCUAGAGCUUUUCUGCCAGAUCAUCUCGGAGCCUUGCUUCAACACCCUGCGCACCAAGGAGCAGCUCGGCUACAUCGUCUUCAGCGGGCCUCGUCGAGCCAACGGCAUACAGGGCCUGCGAUUCAUCAUCCAGUCAGAGAAGCCACCUCACUACCUAGAAAGCCGAGUGGAAGCUUUCUUAAUCACCAUGGAGAAGUCCAUAGAGGACAUGACCGAAGAGGCUUUUCAGAAACACAUUCAAGCAUUAGCAAUUCGUCGACUAGACAAACCAAAGAAACUGUCUGCAGAGUGUGCUAAAUAUUGGGGGGAAAUCAUCUCUCAGCAGUAUAAUUUCGACAGAGAUAAUACAGAAGUUGCAUAUUUAAAGACACUUACCAAGGAAGAUAUCAUCAAAUUCUACAAGGAAAUGUUGGCAGUAGAUGCCCCAAGGAGACAUAAAGUAUCUGUCCAUGUUCUUGCUAGGGAAAUGGAUUCCUGUCCUGUGGUUGGCGAGUUCCCAUGUCAAAAUGAUAUAAAUUUGUCACAAGCACCAGCCUUGCCACAACCUGAAGUGAUUCAGAACAUGACCGAGUUCAAGCGUGGGCUGCCACUGUUUCCCCUUGUGAAGCCACAUAUUAACUUCAUGGCUGCAAAACUCUGAAGAUUCCCCGAGGGUGGGAGAGUGCAAACGGAUGCGCCCCUGAGUCUUCCCAGGGCAGGGAAAGCAGCCUUGGCCACUUCGUAGUUUCUGGUUCACUAUCAGACAGACAAACAGGAAACAAAAUGUUGUCAAAUGUCAUUAUGUAGAAAUAUUAAAAAUCCAAAGUAAUUAAAUUACAGAAUCAUAUAGAUGUAGAAUAUUUUUAAAUACAUGCCUCUUAAAUAUUUUAAAAUCCUUCUUUUCAUUACUGAGAGAAAUUUUCCCUUAUAUAACAGUACUUAAAAUGAUGAAUGAUAUUCCUAUAGAAUCCUCCUCCCCUGUUCUGUAAAAUAGUCACUUGUCAGAAGAAAAUAUGUUAGUUUUUUUUCUUUCUAAAAGCCUCCUAGGUUGACAGAAAAGGCUUUAAAACCUUUAGAAAGGUAAUACCUUUUUAAAAAACUGAUUCUCAAAUUUGCUUUCUACUUGGUGGUUUCAUGUAAAUCAAUGGAGAACAUUAACAUUUGGCAGAUAAUGAACAAAGCAAAGUUUUCUUUUAUUAGUGAAACUGCUGAUUAUAUAAGGCAUGGUUUUAAUCUUUUUAUAAAAUUUGAACAUGUUUUUUAUUCAAACUAGGAAAAUGCUGGAAAACCCUAGAAUGCCCUACUUAUUUACAAUGCUAGAAAUAGACUUACCCUACAUCAAUUUUGUCCCAAACGGAAUUUCUCAGGAUUACUGUGAUUUGCUUCUUUCUGAUUGAGUUAUAUUGGCAUUCUUGUUCAUAGUUGGUUUGCAGUGUUACAUCAGUUUUACCUUUUCCCCUCAACAACAUUUGUGGUAUUUAUUUAAUACAUAGGGUCAACUUCAGAUCCCACUGAGUGUGUGACAUGCUUUUCCAACAUCAGCUAUUCUAAAUUCUUGUAACUUUUUACUACCAGGAUACUGCAAUCAGUAUAUGAACCAAAAUAUCUGCCCCAUUAUGAAUUUAAAAGACAAGUACCAAGCCACCUUUUUGAAGGUAUAAAAAAUAAAGCCUUGAUUCUUUAACAGUGUAAUCUCCAGACGACUCUAAAAUCCCUUUUUGCUACCAGUCGAAUAUUGCCUUAAGUGUUAAGUUAUUUUUUGAAUAUAUAAAUAUAAACAUAACAAACACAGAUGAUGACUGGAGUGGACUUUUAAAACAUAUUUUUUUCAUGAGAUACUAUUUUAGAUGAAAUUGUUACUGUAGAUUUAACAGCUGUUUUGAAAUAUUUACUGUUAUUAAAAGUUGCUUCAAGAGAAAUUGUGAAUAUACUUCCACAUACAGGCACUAGUACUAGUAAGUGGCCCUGUUGUCCACUAACUCAGGCAAAGUCAAGAAUGGCAUUUUCAAAUGACAUUUUACCUCUCUAGGAGUUGAUUUGCCAGGACUUUUUUCUGUAGAGUCAUGUCUUACAGCAUCUUAAGUUUUCACUUUUGCCAUUUUCCAGAUAAUCAACAUUUGGGGCAAGAAUGAUAUAAUCACAACCGUGGAGGCUGCUUUCGGAAGCAGGGCUCCGUUUCUACUGUCAGAUAAAUGUGGUGCUGUAACUGUCUUUUAAUCCAAACCUUCAGGAGCUUCCUUGUGAUGAAGCCUGUCUUUGUCCAUCAGAAGGUGCGUGAGGCAUCACUUCCUUCUGGUUUUAUGCAUUUGUAGACUAUGCAGCUUUUCAUCAAACUGCAAAAAUAUACAAGAGGGAUCUAAAAUUAGCCCUGAGUGUUUAAAUCCACCACUGUAAGAGUAAAUAAUCCACCUACCUUCUCUGCGGGAAAUUAUGUGCUACGGAGUAAUUUUUAGCUCUUUUUAAAAAAUGGGUGAAAUGUAAUGGUCAUUUUUAUGAGAAAGUCACAUGAAGAAAUCUGAAAGGAAUCUCAUGUAGUCUUCCAGGAACCUGUGAUUGUUGCUCAGUGUGUUCCAACAUUGUCUGGUUUCCAAAUUGGAUCUAGAGCCCCUGUUGGAUCACUCAGGCGUACUAAUGGAGUCACUGAAAUGGGUCCAAGCUGCAGUCCAUGAGCAGUCACAGACUACCCCGGAUACUGCUCUUUCCUCAGUGCUUAGCAAAUGAGAUUUGUGGAAAACUAAGUUUCUAGUUACUGUGACUUUAAAAAAAAGUCUUCUUUUUGACUAGUUGAUGUGGAAGAGAGAGCAUGUGACACAGCCAGUAUGGUGGAGUGCUUAGGGUAAUCCUGUUUACAAUAAAUUGCCUGAAUUGAACCUC